AUGUCAAGAAUAAACAUCGACAUUCUCGGAAUUAGUGAAUUGAAAUGGACAGGUAUGGGUCAUUUCAUAUCAGAUGACUACCACAUAUUCUAUUGUGGACAGGAAAAUCAUAGAAGAAACGGUGUAGCCAUAAUCGUUAAUAAAAGGUUGUCUAACUCAGUGCUUGGAUACAACCCCAAAAAUGACAGGAUAAUAUCAAUUCGAUUAUUAGGCAAACCGAUUAAUGUCACAGUGAUUCAAGUCUAUGCACCUACUACAGGUGCAGAUGACGAAGAAAUAGAAGACUUUUAUGUCAGCUUGCAGCAACUCGUUGAUGCAACACCAAAAAAAGAUACCAUUGUCAUCAUGGGCGGUUGGAACGCCAAAGUAGGAAGUAAACCAAUAACUGGUAUAACUGGAAAUUUUGAACUAGGAGAUCGAAAUGAAGCAGGAGACAGACUAUUGGAAUUCUGUCAGAACAACUUGUUUAUAACAAAUACGUGCUUUCAACAGCCUAAAAGACGACUCUACACAUGGACGUCCCCGAACGGACAAUACAAAAAUCAAAUCGAUUACAUACUUUGUAGUCAAAGAUGGAGAAGCUCCAUCCAACUAGCUAAAACAAGACCUGGUGCUGACUGUGGCUCAGAUCAUGAACUGCUUAUUGCUAAGUUUCCAAUGAAACUAAAGACAACAUGCAAAACAGCUAGACCAGCACGGGCAAGAAGAGACAAAGAAAAACAUAUAAAUGGUCAAUGUCAACAAAUCAAAGACAACAAUCAAAAAGGAAAGACAAGAGACCUUUUAAAAAAAAUUGAUGAAAUCAAGAGAACAUUUCAUGCAAAAAAUGGCACAAUAAAAGAUAAACAAGGCAGAGAUCUGAUGGAGAAGGAGGACAUCAAGAAGCGGUGGCGCGAAUACACCGAAGAGCUAUACAAAAAAGAUACUCAAAGUAUAGAUGAAACUGAUGGUUCAACUAUCGAACUAGAACCAGGCAUGUUGGAAAGCGAAAUCAAGCGGGCUUUAGAAUGCAUAGCGAAUAAUAAGGCUCCAGGUAUUAAUGAAAUACCAGCUGAAUUAUUUAAAAUCUUGGGGGAUGAUGCCGUGAAAAUUUUGCUCGCAAUAUGUCAGCAGAUAUGGAAAACACAGCAAUGGCCAAAAUAUUGGAAAAGAUCAAUUUAUAUUCCAAUACCAAAAAAAAGGAAGUACUAA